GUGAGUGGGGGGAGAUGGCAUUAUGCUGGAUGGUAUGGCUGUCAACUGGACAGAUUUUUUGUUAGCUGCCAUAAAUGGAAGAUGCAUCUGUGCGUGGACCACAGGGCAAGAUGUUCUCGAGGUCCGUGAGUGAGGAGUACAAACGCCAUCUCAUCGACCACUUAGGAAAGAGAUGACUGCAUCACAUUUUGCCAGUCAACUGAAAAAGGAUUUCGAUACUGAGAUGAUUAGAACUAAAAUUGCUGAGGAGAGUUUUCUCUCUGAGGAAGCAGACAGAUAUGAUAAAUAUGAAGGAAAAAGACACUCUGGUUUGACGGAUGUCAACCUUCCAACCUUGGAAGGUAGAAAUCUUGAAUUAGAGGAGGCAUCUCAAGAGCCUAUUCGAGAAGAGAUGAGUGUGAGACAGAGAUCAGCGAAGUCUCUUCUAAGUGAUCAACGAAGACAAAGGCUCCAGAAAUACCUAGAGGAAAAGCAACUGAAAAAAUUAAGAGAGAAACCUCAGCGACCACCAUUUAUAGUGGGUAUUUAUAGACCUGAUAAACCUAUUUUUCUUUCAUCAAUACCAGCACACCAGCCAAAAAAGAUCGUUAAUGGGAGUGAUGUUCGAGCAACACGAUCUGAUCGAAGACAAACUUCUGAAAAGAAAGUGUCCAACGAGAAAACAGCAGGGCAGCCUGAAAUGCCCAUGUGCAUGAGAACCACUCCAUCGAUGACUCAAAGAGCGAAGCAGACCACAGGAGCAGCCUCCACCGGUGCAGGCUCUGCUGCGCCGGCCAUGCGAGCGGUGUUUGGUGAGAACUGUUCCUUCAUCAGUGGCUGA